AUGCUCCUACCCAUUGUCCUGCCUUGUGGGCAUUCCUUUUGCCAUGGUUGCAUGGAGAAGCUGGCAAAUGGACCUGCAAAUAACAGGAAGUGUGCUAUAUGCAGGUCUGCUUUGCCGCAGGAGCGCACCGUUAAUCGCGAGUUGAUAAGUAUUGCAAGCAAACUGCUAGCGAGGUGUAUGCUGUGCCCUUGGCAGGGGACCGUCGGCGGAAUUCAGCACCACAAAGGAGCAUGCCAAUGGAAGACGAUUGAGUGCCCCUUUGUGGGCUGUAUAGUCAAGACAAAACGAAGAGAUAUGCCCGACCACAAGCGAGCAUGUCUCUUCCGUUUAGAAGAUUGCAUCCAGUGUAAAUUGUCCGUGCCCAUCCAACAAAGGAGCAAGCACGACAGACUGGAGUGCACGAACCGGGACGUACUGUGCCCUUAUUUUUCUGAUUCCACGGAUGCCCACACUUGCAAAAAAAAAGAUUUCCUUGUGCACAUUAGAACAUGCAGGCAACGUGUUGGUCCAUGUUCUAUUCCAGGGUGCCAUUUCUAUGGACCUUGGAAUGAACUGGAGCAAUACAAGGCAAGCCAUGAGGGAAGCCAUCCUUUGCAAAGACGUACGUGGUACUUUAAAGGAAAGGGUGGUAGACGAGUACUCCUUCACUUGGAGCUUUUCAGGCUGCAAGAGGGAACUCGAUAUGUCAACAACAAACAAAGUCCCUUUAACCAGUGGGGAGUACUCCUCGAUCACGAGCAGCACCCGAAAGUCGAUAUGGAGGCUUGUCCUAUUUCCCUGGAAAAGCAGCAUGGUUGUGCAGCUUCGUUCCUCCCUUCAUCCAAUUAG